AUGCGUUUCACAGUUGUUUGCCUCUUGGUGGUCGCCCUUAUGGGCACCGCCUUGGCUGCCAGCACCAGGAAUUCCCACCAUCGCGUCGUGAAGGCGUUACAGCCCAAAAGCCAUCAUCGCGUUGUGAAGGCUGUUUUGGCCGAGCCUCACCCAGUCGCCAAAAUCACUGAGAAGCAAGACCUUGAUCAAUGGCUCAUGGACCUGCUCCAGAUGUUCUUCGACAUGUUUGGAGAUUCCGCUCUCGACAUGCUUCAAGACCUCCUUUCCCAGCUCGGCCUCGACAUCCCCGACGGUCUCCUCCAGGAACUCUGGGACAUGCUCUUCCCCCUUGGAAAGGAGCAACACAAACCCAUGACCAAGCAAGACCUCGAUCAAUGGCUCAUGGAUCUUCUCCAGAUGUUCUUUGACAUGUUUGGAGAUUCCGCUCUCGACAUGCUCCAAGACCUUCUUUCCCAGCUCGGCCUCGAUAUCCCCGACGACCUUCUUUCCCAGCUCGGCCUCGAUAUCCCCGACGGUCUCCUCCAGGAACUCUGGGACAUGCUCUUCCCUAAGUCUCACCCCGUCGCCAAGAUAACUGAGAAGCAGGACCUUGAUCAAUGGCUCAUGGACAUGCUCCAGCUCUUUUUUGACAUGUUCGGAGAGGGCGCUCUUGACAUGCUGCAAGACCUCCUGAGUAUGCUUGGUCUCGACCUCCCCGACGGUCUCCUCCAGGAACUCUGGGACCAACUCUUCCCCCUUGGAAAGAAGCAGCAAAAGCAGGACCUGUUUGAUUGGCUUUCCACCUUUUUCCAGCUUCUCCUGGACAUGUUUGGAGACAACAUCUUUGACCAACUUAACGACAUUCUGUCCAUGCUCGGUCUCGACGUUCCCGAUUGGCUUCUCGACCUCCUUUUGGGCCUUUUUUUCCCUAAGUCACACCAUCUCACCUCUAGGCAGGACUUGUGGGACUGGCUCAUGUCCCUGAUGUCACUGCUUUUUGAUAUGUUUGGAGAUUCCGCUUUUGAUCUUCUGCAAGACCUCCUUUCCCAACUUGGACUUGACAUCCCAGAUGACCUUCUCCAGAUGCUGUGGGACAUGCUUUUCCCUGUUGCCAAGAUUCCCAUCCCCAAGUCUGUCCAGAUGAAGACCCGAUUCCUUCAGGAUCUCUUGGAUAUGCUCUUGGAAUUUGGUCUUGAUGCCCUUUUGGACUUUCUCGGGCAGUUCCUUCCCCCUGACCUUCUCCAGAUGCUGCUGGACCUUCUUUUUGGUGGAUUUAUUCCCUACAAGCACUAA